UGAAAAUGUUUCAGACCUCAGCAAAGUAGCAACACUGGACGUCGACGGCAGGCAGCGCGCGGAUUGUUAUUGAUGAUUUAUGUACGUCACUAACGUCUGGAUAAAGUUGGACCGAGACAGGCUGCCGCGAAAGUUAGCAAAAAAAAAACAACUUUUGGACUCGAAGUAACUCUUUCACUCGUGUGUUUUUUUUUUUCUUUCUUGAGGAGAGAGUAGGAGGAAGGAAGGAUGGGAAUAAGUCAAAUUUGAAGCGAGUUGUCAUGUUUGAAAGCGCUGAAGGCUGAGGAAAGGGAGGAACUACUUCGGCUGUGUUUGUCCUAAAAAGACGACUGUCUCAUGUCCAAGGAGACUGUCUGUCCUCCGGAUGGGCUGGCAGGGCCAGGGGAGGGCCCCCAGCAAGAGAAAAGUCCCCUUCUGUCAGCCUCUCAAGAUGCCUGCGACAGUGAAUCAUCAGGGCGAACACAGUCUCCCAGGAAACCAGCCAGUGAAGGACAAAGCCACGUGACCGAGGAGAAGCCUAAUUAUUGUGAGCCUGUAAGAACCCAGCCUCAGUCUGAGACUCAGCAUGUGCCCUCAGAGCCUGCCGGGGGAGAUGCUGCCAAGGACCAAAAUGGUUUUCUCCACAAUGGCACCGGCACUCCCGCGCUUAGUAACGGCAACGGAAUCCACCCAGGCAUCGGCGGGACCGGGGCCACGUGCACAUGCUCCUGCGGUGCCAACAUCGGCAAGGGUGCCACAGGCGGGUCAAAAGCAGCUGCGACAACGACGGAGCAGCCCAGGAAGCAGCCGUCGACACCGGUGUCAACAAGGAUGCAGAGAAAACUGAGAUCGAGCUUGUCGGUCAACAGUGACAGCAGCAGACGCAGCAAAGGCAGUUCUACAGGGUCACAGAAACCUCCUUUACCUGAAGACUGCUGCGUCCACUGCAUCCUGGCGUGCCUGUUCUGUGAGUUCCUGACACUUUGCAACAUGGUGGUGGCACAGGCCUCGUGCGGGGCGUGUACGUCGGAGGCGUGCUGCUGCUGCUGUUGUUCCGACGACCUGGGCGACGACUGCAACUGCCCCUGCGACAUGGACUGCGGCAUCAUGGAUGCCUGCUGCGAGUCGUCGGAUUGCCUGGAGAUCUGUAUGGAGUGCUGCGGCAUCUGCUUCCCCACAUAAGGAGGCCUGCGCUGGGGUAGACUCAGAUGUCUCUGCAGGGGAUAACUGGACCCUGGAUAGAAGAAGGAAACUGCUGCUGCUGUCACUUUGAAUACAGCAGCAGAGGGAAUGUGUGAGUGCGUGUGGUGUGUGAUGGUUGACAGAUGUGUUUGUGGAGUGUGGCUGUGUGGUAGUGUAAAGCAUGCUUUCAAAGACUUAUUUUGACACUGGGCUUUUCCAUCAAAACCAGCUCAGCAGGGGCUACAAAUAACUCCACAUAUAUGAACAUGUCAGUUAAACCUUUAGAGUGUAGGAUUUUUUCUGUUACGUACUCUUUCCUUUGUAUAACAAGUAUUAUCACAGACUGCCUUAGAGAUUUCUACUACAUCAGGAAUGCUGUCUCAUCCUUUCUUUCCUCUCCUUUUUGUCAUUUUGAUGACCAAGGUGUUGCAUGCACUAAACAAAAUGCUUAUAUCCAACCUGUUUUGAUGUUAAUACGUGUUUUUUUUGAUGCUCAGAAACAUUAGUCUUAGUACUGUACAACACUGUAAGGAUUCAUGUGACACUUCUUCAUUCUUAGUUGGAUACUGUAGUUUUGUAACACAGACUCAUUGACUCAUAUCUACUGUAGAACAGCCAAAACUGGUGAAAUAUCAAAGGUGAAUCAGGAUCCGCUACUUUUUGAAACCAAAGAUGAAGAAUGUGCCAAAUUUUUGAGAGGUGCUUCCAACUUAAAUUUUAAUCUUAAAAAGGUUUCAGAUGGCUUAUUUAAAAAGAAAGUAACUGCACAUUAAGCUUCUGAUUAUAAGCUUCUUAAAGAGACUGGAAGGUAUGAUGGACAAUUAGGACCAAAAAAAGUAAGAACAAUACACAGAUUUUAAGUUGUUUGAGUUGUUAUAUUAACAAAAUAUUUGUGUCAAUAAUGACAACAAUGACAAAAUAUAAAUGGAAAAAGAUAAGUUGUAAUAAUGCAGUUUUAUUAUUACUGGAAUUAAGGGAAAAUAUGCUGAUCAUGGAGUAAAAGUUGUGAGAAUAAAUUGGUGGUAGUCUUUUAAGAAAAAAGUGGUAAUAUAACUGUAAAUAAGUCCUAUUAUUAUGAGAAUUACGUGCUAAUGUUACUACAAAAAAUAAUCCAAUCACUGGAAUUAACCUCCUGAGACCCUGCAUAUACCUAAGAGGAAACUGUUACAUUUAAUUUCGACAUAGCUGUGAAUUCUGCCACUAGAACAGGAUAAUUGUCCAGAAUUCCCAUCAAAGUUUAAGUUACAUGCUGGGAAUGUCUGAAGAAUUCCCUUUGAAAUUUAAGGAAUUAUCUGAAAAGCUUUGGGAAUAUGUAUGUUUUGGAGAGUAUGAUUUAAACUUUUUUUUUUAAUGUGUUUAGGGAAUUACUUGUUUUUGGUAGGGAUUUUACUAAGAUUUUUUGGAGAAUGUUUGUAAAUUUUCCAUAAUUUUUCAUGGAAUUAUGGGAGAAUUUAUUUGUCAUUUUUUGUGACUUUUAUUAGAAUUUCUGGGGAAUUUGCUUGAAAAUUUUUGGGAAUUUUCAUGGCCUUUUUAAAAAUUACAUUUUAUUUAAAUCUUAAGGCUUUUUCUAAAAAGCCUACCGAGGUGUUGUGGGUAUAUUUGGGGGACAUCUUGGGCUAUUUUUAAAGGGAUUUUUGAAUUUCACAAAACUUUUUGCCAAUGUUUUGAAUAUUUUAAGGGGGGUUUUAAUGUUUCUGUUAGCUCUCAUGAUUUAAAAAGGCAUUUCCAAGGAUUUCCAGAACUUUCAGUGGAUAUUUAAUUCAUACCUGGCCUCAACACAGAAAAAGGACUACACCGUACACCCCUAUAAACUUGCAGAAACACACAACAUAUGUAUUAAAAUUAAAACAAAACAUUAAAAAAAAAAAACGUUGUGAAGAGCCUGUUGUUGUCAUAUGAAGACUUUUUUUUUUUUUUUUUUUGGUGAAAACUUCUUCCUGUUCAAAGACAAAGCUUAGAUUUUUAGUUACCAGGUCCUACUGAUCCUAAAUGUAUGAAACUAAAAAUGCAAUCCAAACAAAAGCACAGGUCUCGGGAGGUUAAGUCCCAGAUUGUUUUUUGGAUUUCCUUUCUUUUUUUUUUUAGGGAUUUUUGCCUUUUUGCCUAUGUGGAGAGGAUAGGACAGUUAAGAGUGUAGGACUCGAGCCCUGGCUUUCCCGCUUGGAUGACUGUGACCUCUACACAUGGGCUUUGGCCUUCUCUAGUAUAAUUUCUGCCACUGAAUUAGCUGCACCAUCAUCACAGAUUGAAAUGCAUGUGUUUUGUGACAAGCUGAACAGCCCUCUGUUUUGUCAGUGUAAUCAAAGUUGAAUGCAAUCAUGAAGUAAAAUAUGGGCCCUCUUCUCUCAAAGUUUAAUGUUGCAAUACCAGCAACAUACAGCAAGUAUGCUCAGCUUGCAAAGCAUCUCCAUUGGCCUGUCUAUGGCUUUAACACAAGCUGUGAGCUGCAGUUGACCAACUCGGUUUGUCCAUUGCAACUUUAAAGGUGUGUUUGAGCUAAACUUGCUAUUUCAGACAAGUUCUUCACAGUAAAAGUCCUUAGUUUUUAUUUUGAUGGAGUGCUUUUAUUGUGAAUGGUCACAUCAGAAAGUGUGGCGUUGUCUACAGCAGCUUGAAACACCUCAGCAGGAUAGACUGGAGAAACUUAAAACUACAGAUGCGGUUAUAACUGAUCACAGAGUGAUAAACAAAAUCAUUUUUCUGUGAUCUGAUGCUCAGACAUAAGCUCAUUGUGCCAGGAGUUUUAGGGAGAGAAGGGGUUUUAACACCUGGAUAUGCAUUUUAAUGGUUUAUCUCAGUGAUAUAGAUUUCAUGCCACAUAUGCCAGCCUUUCCUAAAAAAAUUGGCGAGGACCUAUCAGCUAGACCUGCACCCUGUUAAGCAAAAUUUGACUCUGGUUAAACUUUACUCUCUUAGUACACAUAAAUAUAAAUCAAAUCAAAGUAAAAAAAUAUUUUGAUAAAAGAGUUUUAAUAAAACAACACCUGCCUUGUUUUUUGAGGACAAGGUCUUGUGUAGAGAAUAGCGAUAUAAUUUGGUGUGGUCAGUCUUACUUUUGUCAGACAAGCUGCCAGCUACCUCUGCUACAAUGAGCAACCAGUGAGGUUGAGCCUUAUUAUACAUAGAUUGGAAACAGUUUAUUCGAAGGGACAGUCAAACAGGCAGUCAUUUUGUAUGGAAAUUUUCUGUCUUGAAAUUAGUUAUUCUCAUAAUAUUACCACUUUAUUCUUUAAAGCUCUUAUUCUUUAUUUCUAUGAAAACAUGCACAUCUCCUUAUUUUGUGAUAUUUGAAGCCUUGAUUUACUGGAAAUGUUGUGCAAAUACUCCCGUGUUUGAUUAAAAAAGGGUUCUGACUGGCUUACUGUACAGUUUUCUGCUCCAUGAAGAUAAACAAUGUACAGCUUAUGUCUUUAUUUCUCCCAGAGUCCUCCUCUUUUAUUAACCAAAAGGCUUUGUCAGCUGUAUAUGGUACCCGUCUGCUCUGUGAUGCUGUUUUACAUACAAACUGUGUGAGCAUGACUUGUUGAACUGCACUCUGUUCAUGAGGGCCGCGAUAAGGAAUUAAAAAAUGGUGACCGUGGUCGCCAUAUAAGCGGCUUUCAUGUAUCAAGCCCAGUGACUCACAACACAAAAAAGGGGAAUCAUGAACUGUCAUGUGGAAAUGGUAAACUAAUGCAGGGUAAAGGCAGUUUUCUUCUCCUUUCUUUAAUGAUCUGUAAUUCUGUGUAUCUGCAGAUGAGUUUGUGGUGAAUCACAAGCCAAGUCAUUUUCUUGUCUUGGAGAUCCGCUUUGAUGUUGUUUAAGUGAUGAUACUUAAUGCUGGCCCUCAUUAGCACUGCUGGCUAAACGCUUACGAAAAAAAAGUCCCCUCCAAACGCCAACAAAGAUAAUGUGCUGUCACAUACAGCUUGUCUUAAUGGUGCACUGUUAUUGUGCCUUUAGAGGUUGGAUGGGCACCUCUGCAGUAGAUAAUGUGCAGAGAGAAAACCUCAUUUUUAUGUUUAUGAUUAACUCACUCUGCAAGUUUGUUACGGGCUUAUUAGUGUCUAGGAAACACUAUAUAGAAAAUGUGAACAGUUUAUCUGAAAAGAGAACCAUGUAUACAUGUAGCUGCAGUAGUUGUCCUCUUAUUAUGUUUUUUCUUUCUGCAUUAAACUUGAUUUUCAUCUCAAACGUCUUCAACUAUGAGGUCAUAUCGCUUUGAGUAGUUUUGUGCAUUAGCCUUUAUCCUAGAGAUCUGUUUCCUAAGAAUAAACAUAACCAAAGACUGAGUGAAUGAUUGUUUUUAAAGACCAACAAACCUUUCCUGUAUUUGAAUUUGAAGUCUUGUGUAUCAUGUGUUUUGAUAUAAACUGUCAUGUGAUAAAAAUCA